UUCGUCGCACAAAGAGACGUGGGGGUAGGGCCUAGGCGGCUGGGCCCCGUCCGAAGGCGAAAGUGUGCCGCGUAUAUAAGGCCCGGAGCCAACGGCAAUCAGCAUCCAGUUCACUCCUGGACUCACCCAGAACAUCGUGAAACACAAAAAUGAAGAGCCUGCUAUUACUAGCGCUACUAGCGCUCGCCGUAGCGGCUAACGCUAAGGAGGAAUCGGCGGCGACGCCGGUUGCGGCUUCCGAAGGUUCAAAAUCGGCGGAAUCACCCAAGAAGCAAGACAAGCGUGGAAUCAACCAUGCUUACGGUUACGGCUCCGGCGGCUACGGUGGCUACGGUGACUACGGCAGCUACGGCAGCUACGGCAGCUACGGCGGCUACGGCGGAUACAGCGGCCUCGAAAUCGGGGGUGGUCACGGUGGCCUUUCAUACGGAGGAUCGAGCCUCGGAGGCUUGAACACCUACUCGCUUGACAAUUACGGAGGCCACGGAGGCUACGGAAGCUACGCAGGCUACGGAGGCUACUUGGGAGGAGGUUACGGAAGCGACGGUGCUCAUGAGAACGUGAAAACCGUGACGGUGGUGAAGAAGGUGGCGGUGCCGUACCCGGUUGAGAGGCAAGUCCCUUACCCGGUCGAGAAGCAGGUACCCUACCCAGUCAAGGUCCCGGUCCCGCAGCCCUACCCCGUAGAGAAGCAGGUUCCGUACCCGGUGAAGGUACUGGUCAAAGUUCCGGUCCACGUCCCGCAUCCGUACCCGGUAGAGAAGAAGGUUCCGUACCCCGUACACGUCCCGGUUGACCGUCCCUACCCCGUCAAGGUCCUCGUGCCGCAACCCUACCCCGUAGAGAAGCACGUACCCUACCCCGUCAAGGUUCCCGUUCCACAGCCCUACCCCGUUGAGAAGCAGGUACCCUACCCGGUCAAGGUUCCAGUCCACGUGCCGCAGCCCUACCCCGUAGAGAAGCUCGUCCCGUACCCCGUGAAAGUUCACGUUGACAGGCCCUACCCCGUCCACGUCGCGAAGCCGUACCCGGUUACGGUGGAGAAGCCGGUUCCCUACCCAGUUGAGAAGCCAGUUCCGUACCCAGUCAAGGUACCGGUUGACAGACCGUAUCCCGUCCAUGUGCCCAAGCCCGUGCCCUACGAAGUCAAGGUCCCGGUGCCCCAGCCCUACGCCGUUGUGAAGAAAGUUCCGUACCCCGUCGAGAAGCCGGUUCCGUACCCAGUCAGCGUUCCGGUAGACAGACCGUACCCCGUUCACGUCGAGAAGCACGUCCCCUACCCCGUUGAGAAGCCUGUUCCAUACCCGGUUAAGGUUCCGGUUGCGGUACCAGUCCACUACGGUUCUCAUCACGAGGGUAUCCAGUCUUAUGGAAGCGGUGUCGUCAGCAGCAUAGGUGAGGGAGGAUUUUCCGGUUACGCUUCCGGACACGGUUUGAACGUCGAGGACUCAUACAGCAGCGGAUUUUCCCAUCAUCAUUAGACAGACGGAGUCACGAUACGAGGGGUUGAUUUGACGACGAGUUGCAAGCCACCAGAAACGGAUCGAAAGCUAGGAUCGAGAUUUUGGACUCGAUGGAUGCACAGCAACUCGGGGUCUUGCCGACUUUGGGCAAGACCUCGGAGUCAUGUUUUCUAUGGUAUUGUUCAAGGCUUGUUAAAUUGUCAGAACAGCGGUGGAGUCCAAGACCCGUUAAUCGACCCCCGAACAAUCGUCUGCUAUAUGCAUGUUGUACAGUGAAAUAUUUUUAUACCUUAAAUGAAAUAAAGUGGUUUUUUUUUAUAGAAAAAUGAAAA